AUGCCGCUCUACGAACUCUCACCGAACAUUCAAGAAUCUGAGGCUACUGGCCGGAAGAGAAGUCACGAUGAAUUCACAGGAGACCCUAUGGCUGUAGAUGCUUCUGAAGAUGUCAAACUACUACCAACCGGUUCAGACAAGCUAGAUGGAGAACACACCGCUACGAAUGGACAAAGAGCUCACUCACCAGCUUCGUCAGAGCUCAGUGAGCCCGGCACUUGUACGCCACCGCGCGCGUCACCCACCCCUCAAACUCCGGCCAAAAAACAGGCAACACAGACUACUAUCGCCUCAGCAUCUCAAUCGACGACUACCCUACCGAAGCGGAAGAAGUUAACAGCAGCUGAAAAGGCCGAGAAGGGCAAGGAAGCUGCUAGGGUAAAAGCCGAGAAGGAAAAAGAGGCUGCUCGACUCCGGGAGGAACGUGAAAAGAAAGCUGCCAUCCGUCAGGUUGAGAAAGUCAAGGCAGAGGCAGAGAAGGCUGCCAAAGCCAAGGAACGUGAAGAGAAGAAACGCCAGCUAGACGAAGAAAAGAAGCGAAAGGAGGAGGAAAAAGAGAAGAAAGCUCGUCAGCAACCAACCCUCGGCGCUUUCUUUAAGGCUCCAAUCACUCCCAAGAAGGCCGUCGAAACUAACCGGCCUAAAAAUGGCACACCCGGGGAAUCAAGCCUCGCCAAAGACACCCCCAAGGCUGCGAAAACCGAGUACCAGAAGCUGUUCCAACCCUUUUUCAUCAAAGAUCAUACGACAGUUGCCCACAUUGGACCCGAGAUGGACAAUGAGACACGCGAGGUCAAGUCGAAUAUCUUGGAUGAAAGCGUCUCAGGGCUGAGAGAGGAGGAGCUGAGUAGUUCUCGAUUUGACCCGGUCCGCCUCUUCGCUCUGCCAAGCAAACCCUGCCCUCGAGGUAUGCUUCAUCAUCCAGUUAGGCACAUUAUGGAGCAAGUCUUUAAGGAGACAGAAAAGGCGGAAAAUGCUGGUCCCGAGCAUGUCGAUAAGAUCAUGCGAGACACACGUCGAAAGCUUUCCAAGGUGCCCAUAAAGGUGAUAUCAUUCUCUCAAGAUGUGCGACCACCUUACUACGGAACAAUAACUUUCAAGCCAUUUGCCCUCGGAAAACUCAACAUGAGCCAGUUGGCUCGCAAGCCUACAAGAAGACGACUGCCACUGGACUACGACUAUGAUUCGGAAGCUGAAUGGCAGGAGGAGGAAGAAGGCGAGGACCUAGAUGUCGAUGACGACGAAGAGGAAAUGGACGAUGAAGACGACAUGGACGAGUUUCUUGACGAUUCAGAAGAUGCUGGGCUCUCCCGGCGGAUCUUUGCCAACACAUUGGAGCCAAACAGUACCGGGAUCUGUUUUGAGAGUGGAAAUGGUGCCACGAACCAAGUUGCCCAUGAUCACAGGAUGGAGUUUAUGCAUGAUGGACUUCAACAAACUUGGGGCAUUGACCCAUUCUCAACACAAUAUUGGGAACCUGAAGUCAAGAACAAGACAGCGAAAAUCACCAAGACCGCACAGGCAUCCGAGACAACGACAAAGAUGCCUCCCCCUCCCACGCCGUCGAAUGCAUUUGCCGCACUGACUGGUGGUAGCAGCAGUGGUGGUGCGGUUAAGCUUGUCAAGUCCGAACUUCUAGAUGGCGUGAAAAGAGCUAUUUUGGACAACAAAACUCUUUCCAAGGUUGGAAUUAUUGACUUUGUUUACCACCAAUUUCGAGACGACGCGUCUCGUAUUGAAGUGAAGAACACAGUUGAGUUGGUGGCAGAGAAAACAGGCAAGGGACGCACCAAAGAGUGGUCGUUGAAGAGCGGGCAUGAGAUUGCCUCAUGA